GCCGAUUCGAUUGAGAACAUGAGUUGGUUGAAUUGUUGAUUACAUUACGCUACGCAAGAAAGGGGUCCACAACACGAACACAGCACACGCAUCUGCACACUCAUCUAUCGUAGGUAAAAACUUGCCGGCUCCGUCAUACUAUACUACAACGCACCGUCCGUCCAUUCCAUCAGCUCACCCAUUUAACCAUCCAUCCACACUGAGUGUACACACACACACGGGACAGCCCAGGGACGACACGUGCGAGAGGAGGGAAAAGAAAAAGGAUACACCCACCAGCCAACCACCAAAAAGACGAGGCCCAAGACAAGAGGCAGCUCACCCACUCCUCCCCCACUCCCCCACCCAUCCACUUCAUGCCUGCAGUCAGUCAGUAGUCACAUGGUGGCGCCCAGUGGCACCAGAGUGUUGGUCGUUGGGUGUGUGUUGGCUCAGUCAGUCCGGCAGGCAGGCAGGCAGGAAGGCGGAUGGGUGUGAAUAGUCUGCGUGUACGGGCAGUCAGUCAGUCAGUCAGUCGGAAAAGACAGACAUCAUCAUCGCCUCCCUCACGAAGAAGGGCAGCAAUGCAUCGCUGGCUGCAUCAUGUCACCCAUCCCCCCACCCCCCUCUCCCCCCGUCCAUUCCAUGUGUGUGGUGUGGUGGUGUGUGGUGUGUCCGAGUCUCUCGCUCUCCCCCUCAGUGAGUUAUUGGCUCCCUCUUCUCGCCUCUCAUCAGUCAGUGCAUCACGGUGGAAGGCAGGCAGGCAGUGUGCUGUCUAUGUGAAGUGAAUUCCACCCCUCGGUCUCUUCACUGGGGGCCGCCAGUGAACCUGACACAUCACACAAGACACACCACGCACACACAGGGGGAAUGAUGAUGAGAGAUGUGUGGCGGGCGUGUGUGGUGGUGGUGGUGGUGAUGUCCUGUCUUACUUGGUGACGGCCUUUGUGCCCUCCGACACGGCGUGCUUGGCGAGUUCGCCCGGCAGCACCAGCCGGAUGGCCGUCUGGAUCUCGCGACUCGACAGGGUGUCCUUCUUGUUGUACUUGCACAACCUGCACACACAAACCACACACACCACACACACAGCACAUAUCAUGACACACAUGGUGAUGUGUUGUCGUGUGUUGGUUACAUACCUGCCGGCCUCCAUAGCGAUCUUCUCGAACGUGUCACCGCUGCACCACCACACACAGGGAGAGGCAGAGACAACACGCGCAGCGCACGAUGGAUGACCAAACGCACCCCACCACACUCCCUGCCUCCCUCUCUUCCCCUCCCGGCCUCGCCCACUCACAUGAAGCUGCACAUGAUGCUCAUGCCCUUCUUGGAGAUGCCCGUGUUGGGGUGCACCUGCUUGAGCACCUGCAGACCGCCACAGCACACCACAUACAGGGAGACGAAGCGGCGUCUCAGCACACACACACAUCGCACCCACCAUCCCUCCCCUCCCCGUGUGUGUGGUGUCCUGAUGGUCUGUCUGACCUACCUUGAACACGUAGGAGGCGUAGGUCUCCGUGCGCGCCUUCUUGCGCUUCUUCUUGCCCUCCUUCUUCUCGCCAGCGGGCUUGGCGGACUUCUUCGAGGCCUUCGACUUGGCUUUGGGCGCCAUGAUCUCUCAACUCAACACACGAUAGGCGAUAAGGCGAUAGGUACGCAGCACAAGGAGCA